AUGGCAAAGGGAAAGACGAGUAGUAAUAUUUUGAGAGCGAAAUUAAACCUUCCAAAGGGUCUCUUGUUGGGUAAGAAACUGGGUCUUGGUCUAGGGGAUGAUAUCCCUGAGGACGUCAAAGAAGGGCACCUAGCAGUGGUGGCUUCAGACAACUACAUACAACUGAAGAGGUUCAUUGUUCCUUUGGGUUUUCUAAGACACCCUUCUUUCGUGAGGCUAUUGGAGAAAGCAGAAGAAGAGUAUGGCUUUGACCACAAGGGAGCCCUAAUGGUUCCUUGCCAACCAAGUGAGCUCGAGAGAAUACUCAAUGAGAAAAUCCCAUGUUCAGAGAUCAGCUUUCGAAAACCCUAGAUAUUUUGCAGUUUAUCUUAAUUAUGUGAGAGCUUCAAUUUCGAGAACUAUUUCUCAUAAUUGGAUUGGCAUGCAUGCAAACAAUAGGGGACCUCAUCUAUAUAUGAAUCAUAUAUAUGAUGUUUAUUUAUUUAUGGUUAAUUCAUCAAACACUUUAAUUAACUUGUUUGAGGCCUACCAAAUUUGGUUUGAGUAGUACUCUUUU